AAAGGAUAAACAUCCAUUUGGUCCCACGUAUCCCUUUAAAAAUACGCGCAUGAAUCAUCAAAGUAUCAAGCAAUCAAGCAAACAAGGAAAAACAUGUCCACAGGUUCCAUCAUCAAUUAUUCUAUCUUUUUCCUUUCUUUCCUCUUCCUCAUCUCCAACCUCUUUCUCAGAAAACGAAGAUUCAGAAAUAUCCCACCAGGCCCUCAUUCUAUUCCCAUACUCGGAAAUCUCCACCAGCUGAAGAAACCACUCCAUCAUCACUUUCAUCGUGUUUCCCAAAACUAUGGUCAAAUCUUUUCUCUCUGGUUCGGCUCUCGUUUGGUCGUGGUCGUUUCGUCACCAUCCCUAGUUCAAGAAUGCUUCAGCAAAAACGACGUCGUUCUUGCCAACCGCCCACCGUUUCUCACCGGAAAACACGUCGGCUACAACUAUACCACCGUCGUCUUCGCCCCGUACGGCGACCACUGGCGCAACCUCCGCCGCAUCAUGGUCCUCGACGUCCUCUCAACCCACCGUCUCAAUUAUUUUCUGGACAUGAGAAGAGAUGAGAUGAAACGGCUCAUUCAAAAAUUAGCUUAUGAUUCUCGUGAGGGUUUUACGAAGGUAGAACUAAGAUCCAGCUUUUCUGAGCUGACUUUUAACACUAUGAUGAGAAUGAUUUGUGGGAAGAGAUACUGGGGAGAAGAUAGUGAAGUUGGGGAUGUGGAAGAAGCAAGGAAGUUCAGAGAGAUGAUAAAGGAACUGGUGAAACUAGGAGGGGCAAAUAAUCCAGGAGAGUUCCUGUCAAUACUGAGAUGGUUUGAUUUGGACAAUUUGGAGAAGAAGUUGAAGAGUAUUAGUGUUGGAGUUGAUGGGUUUUUGCAGGGACUUGUUGAUGAGCAUCGAAGUGGGAAUACAAGUGGAAAUACUAUGAUCAAUCAUCUCUUGACUCUGCAGAAAUCACAGCCAGAGUAUUAUACAGAUCAAAUUAUCAAAGGUCUUAUUUUGGUAAUGCUUCUUGCUGGAACUGACACAUCGGCAGUAACUUUAGAGUGGGCAAUGUCUAGUUUAUUGAACCAUCCAGAGGUAUUAAGAAGAGCAAGGCAAGAAAUAGACAUGCAAAUAGGAGAAGAACACUUGAUAGAUGAGCAAGACAUUAUGAAGCUACCAUAUCUUCAAAGCAUUGUAUCAGAAACAUUUCGAUUGCAUCCAACAGCCCCAUUAUUGUUACCUCAUCUGUCUUCAGACGAGUGCACUAUAGGAGAUUAUAACAUACCGCGUGAUACUAUUGUGUUGAUUAAUGCUUGGGCCAUCCAUAGAGAUCCCAUAUUAUGGAGUGAUCCAUUGAGUUUCAAGCCUGAAAGGUUUCAAAAAGAAGGGGAGGCUAAUAAGUUGAUGCAAUUUGGAUUAGGAAGACGGGCAUGUCCAGGUUCAGGCUUGGCACAACGCACAGUAAGCUUGGCUUUGGGUUUAUUGAUUCAAUGCUUUGAAUGGAAACGAGCAAGUGAGGAAGAAAUUGACAUGACAGAAGGAGCAGGAUUGACUUUGUCAAAAGUUAUUCCUUUACAAGCAAUGUGUAAAGCACAACAAUGGAUCAUUAACAAGGGUUGUUUUUGAAAGCAUAUGUGUAUGUUUGUAGUCCUAAUUAAUUUUGCAUUAUGGCUUGUCAUUGAAAUUAUAUUACCUUGUUUUCUUAUUAAUUGUUAUUCUAAUUUUAUUUA